AUGAAUGAUAAAGAAAAUAAGGCAUCACAUUCACGUGAUACAGAUAAGAAGCAAAAAGUGGCUGAAGAGGAGGUUCGGCGUACUUGUGUAUAUAAAAAAUAUUUAUUAAGAAAGUUUAGAGAAACUCCUUAA